AUGCCGAGCCCAGGAGAGAGGACGCCCUCUUGCACGUCUGUCGACUCAGCAACAGACAGUACCAAAGGUGGAUCCCCAUCAGGUUCAGUGUCAGAAACACCCAAGAAAUCAUCAAAGAAGUCCAGGAAAACCCCCGAUGACAUGAACAAAGUCUACAACUCUGUGCUCAACAGUGUCUUUGGGGCGGAGAGAGAACUCGCUCAGGCUGAGUUGGACGAGUUGCAAGAGGCCUUCAAAGAGUUUGACUACGAUCAAGAUGGAUACCUGAACUACAAGGACGUGGCUGAGUGCAUGAGGACAAUGGGAUACAUGCCCACAGAAAUGGAGCUGCUGGAGAUAGUUCAACAGAUCAAGAUGAGAAUGGGCGGGUUAAUGGAUUUUGAGGACUUUACUGAACUGAUGGGACCCAGGAUGAUGGGAGAGACCGCUGACAUGCUGGGACUCAAAGAGCUCCAGUCGGCCUUUGCACAGUUUGACCUCGAUAGAGAUGGAAAGAUCAACCAGGAUGAGAUGAAGGAGGCCAUCAAGUCGAUGCUGGGGGAGAAGCUGAAGAAAGGGGAGCUGGAGGAGAUCAUAAAGGAGCUGGACAUCAACGCAGAUGGAAGCAUUGACUUUGAAGAGUUUGUGAUGAUGCUCUCCAUUCGCUAG